AUGGAGAGAGAGGCGCGGGCGCCUGGAAGCCAUGACCCUCGAUACGAAGACGAAGAUCCACGUCCGACAAGUCGCAAAGAGUUAGCAGGAUGGUAUAGCUAUGGAUGGGCAGCGGAGGUCUUCGCCAUUUGCGCCAUGGCUUCCUUCCUGCCAAUUACUUUAGAACAACUUGCGCGCGAUCGAGGAGUUCAGCUUCACGACCAAUCGCUACCAUGCUCUUCAGGUUGGAACACCACUUCUCUUGUCAAAGAUAGAAGCGCUGCUACCAUCCGUGGCAGCUCCUUGUUUCACAGUCAAGAAGAACCACCAGCAUGCGUGGUACACAUCUUGGGCGUGGAGAUCAAUACGGCAAGCUUUGCCAUGUAUACAUUCUCUAUCAGUGUCUUGGUACAAACUCUGAUUAUUAUCUCCAUGUCCGGAGCUGCUGACCACGGUCGAUCUCGAAAGACACUUCUCCUUGCCUUUGCGAUAACCGGCGCCGUUUCUACCAUGCUUUUCUUGCCAGUGGUGCCGAAGGUCUAUCUCCUAGGCGCCCUCCUUGCAAUCAUUGCCAACACUUGUUUUGGUGCUUCUUUUGUACUUCUCAACUCCUUUCUCCCGCUACUCGUGCGCCAUCAUCCUUCUGUGCAACUCCGUCAAGGAUACGGAACACCCCAUGAUUCAGGAUCUGAGCAACUACAUCUCCAUAGAGAUGUCGAGGAGGACGAUGAUCAGUUGUUGGAUCCUUCGAGUGCGCUGCUCCACGACGACGGCCCAGACCUCACAAAACCAUCCAGGACUUCUCCAGCCGCUAUCUCUCCAGAAUUGAAACUGUCCACAAAGAUUUCUUCAAACGGUAUUGGGAUUGGCUACGUUGCCGGUCUCUUUGUGCAGUCGAUCGCAAUAUUGCUUGUUGUUUCCACCGGCUCGAACACGUUCUCACUUCGCUUGGUGCUCUUUGUUAUCGGCAGUUGGUGGCUUCUUUUCACUAUUCCUGCAGCAUUGUGGCUUCGUCCUCGCCCUGGUCCACCUCUUCCGUUAGCGCAUCAAACCUGGCUCAGCUACUUGACGUAUGCCUGGAAAUCUCUCUAUCUAACAAUCCUACGUGCUCGUCAUCUGAGAGACGUCGUUAUCUUCCUUGCUGCCUGGUUCUUGCUGAGCGACGGCAUCGCAACAGUCAGUGGCACCGCAAUUCUCUUUGCCAAAACUUCGCUGGGCAUGAAGCCUUGGGCUCUGGCACUCAUCAAUGUGAUUUCCACCAUUGCAGGCGUAUUUGGUGCUUUUAGUUGGAGCUUCUUCUCUCGCCUGCUCAACCUGCGUGCUUCUCAGACUAUCAUUGCGUGCAUUUGCCUUUUUGAGAUCAUACCGCUUUACGGUCUUUUAGGCUUCAUCCCGUCUGUACGCGACUUCGGCAUGUUUGGCUUGCAGAACCCGUGGGAGAUGUAUCCGCUCGGCGCGAUUUAUGGCUUCGUCCUCGGAGGGCUCUCUUCUUAUUGUCGCAGCUUUUACGGCGAGCUUAUACCUCCCGGCUCGGAGGCUGCCUUCUACGCUCUGUACGCUAUCACUGACAAAGGCUCAAGUAUCUUUGGUCCGGCCAUCGUUGGCGCUAUCACUGAUCACUAUGGGGAGAUUAGGCCCGCCUUUGUUUUCCUAGCAGUUUUGAUCGCUAUGCCGUUGCCACUCAUGAUGUUGGUCGAUGUUGAAAGAGGAAAGAAAGAUGCAAGGGAGAUGGCAGUUGUUCUGGAAGCCAAAGGCUUCGGUCACGACACUCGCAGAGAUGUGGGAUACGAAGCUGUUCCGACUAUCGUUCUUGAAAGCGAAGGGAACGGAAAUUGA